GUAAGCUACCACGUCACAUGCAGCACCUUUAUCAAGCCUCAGCGCGGGCUCUUACGGAUUGGUGCCGGGGGUAAGAUGUGGCUGCCGGUAGAACAUGCAAUACGUACUUCUGUUAGACUAAGUGACUAUGAGCGGUCCUACAUUCCAUCCAUAAAAGAACGGUGUGAUUACGCCUCUUCCCCACACCAAACUGGAUUGGAGCCCCUAGACCUAACUUUGCGGGUGGGCGCUACGGACAUCUCAGAUAAGACAAAGAAAUGA